UGAGAGGCGCGUUGCUCCUCUUAUUAUCUGUAGAAUGUUUCGUUUCGUGCUGGUUCCCAGUUUGACCUGGAGCUGGGACACUACCGCCAGCAGCCGCCAGCAGCACCUGCAGGUGGACGGACCGCGGCCGAACUUGUCCGCAGCUUCACGUCUUCGCCUCAACUUCUUCACUAUUUGACAGAAGUGUCCUCGGAGGCGGCUGCGGGAGACGCGGGACUCGAUCGGCACCUGCAGCGGCUUCACGCCGGAUCCUGAUCCACACGCUCGCCAAUCCGCGCUCACAAUUAAUAUUGGACAUCCGGUGGCAGUGCCAGCUGCGCCCCAUUUUUUAUUGUUGUCUGUGCGCUGGAAGGAUCCCUGUUGUCUCGGAGGCUCCCGACGCGUGGCCGCUGCGUUCGGGCUGGGAGGCCGAGAGCUGCCGGGCCGCGACAUGUGAGAGGAGCUUGACCCCUUGACCCUCACAGCUCUCUACCAUCGCAGAACCCUCUUGAAGUGACGUUGUGACCGCGACCUGACGCCCUCCUGCCUCGGGCAUGCCUCAGCCGGGUAUGAAUGGGAUGGAGCCUGUGUUUGGCGAGGCCUACGGGGGCCACAGGGGCCUGCUGAGCCCUUACCCCCUGGCCAUGUCGCCACAAGGGGGCAGGACCGAGUACGACCAGAGCGUCCUCCUCAUGCUCGGCUCCCCGGCAUCGCCACGGAAACGGCCCUUUGAGUUGCUAAGCGACCUGGUGGACGACGGGGGCUGCGGGGAGGACCUCCCCCCCGAGCGCUGGGACGUGUCCUCGCUGGACGAGAUGGCUCGCUACACCAAGCUGGGCCUCGGCGUGGGGGGGGAGCUGCUAGCCUGCUCCGAGGAGGCCGUGCUGAUGGGCCGCUGGGGGAGGAGCCGGGAGGAGGAAGAGGAGGAAGAGGAGCGGAGGAGGAGGAGCUGCAGACACGCGGCGCCUCCCGUCAACCAGGAAGUCCAGGCCACCGCCGCCGGGAGGGAGGAGGGGCGCCUAUCUGCUGCCUCGGACACAGGGAGGGAGCUGUGUGUCACAGGAAGAGCAUCCGGAGGAGGUCAGGAUGGGGGGGGGUCGAGGGAGCGCACGGUGGAGGUGUAUCAGGUGGCGCAGGAGGAGGAGGAGGCGGUUGCUGUGGCAGCGGCAGGUUUGGCCCUGGAGCACUGCAGCGAGGAGCACAACUACUCCCUCAGCCAGGGGGGGGGGCCGGCAACAGCCCCCGGUCACAACUGUCAAACAGAGGAGGUGCAAGCCGGGGAGACGCAGCAGGAGGUGCGGGGCAUGGAGGAGAGCCAGGCUAAAACUGAGGACGACGAGCAGGAGGAAGAGGAGGGGGAUGAGGAAGAGGAUGAGGAGGAUGACGACGAAGAGGAGGAGGAGGAGGAGGAGGAGGGAGAGGAGGAGACGGCAGUGGAAGCUGAACUCUCCAGCUCCUCAGAAACUGAAUGUGAGGCGGAGGCGGAGCCGGCAAGGCAGCCCGGCGAGCGGCCGGCCAAGCGUCGGUGUUUCUGGGAGUACCGACGAGCCCGAGAGUCGGCCUCAAAGAAGAAGCUGGGCGGGGACGUCCACUGGUCCCUGUCCUGGAGCUCCAGCACUUUACCCAGCACGCUGUACCGCAGAGAAGGUAAGAAAGGACGCCGCAAAGCUCGCAAGACGGACGCCAGCGACCUCACGCCGAACCCCCAGAAGCUGCACAACAUCGGGGAGCAGCUGCAGAAGCUCAACGCUGCCAUCGACGGCAUGGGGCCGGUCAACGACCUGCCUGCCAUGGCCCGGGCCAGGUCACGCAAGGAGAAGAACAAGCUGGCCUCCAGGGCCUGCCGGCUGAAGAAGAAGGCCCAGCACGAAGCCAACAAGAUCAAGCUGUGGGGCCUCAACCAGGAGUAUGAGAACCUGCUCGGAGCUCUGCUGCGGAUCAAGGAGGUGAUCAGGAGACGAGUGGAGAGCAGCGAGGAGGAGGACCCGGACGAGCGGGGGAUGACGCAGCGCCUGGAGGACAUCCUCCGAGAGUCCAGCGGGCCUCUAGUCGCCGGGCGGACCAAAGACUUUGUGCAGAGGAUUCUGGGAGCCAGUCAGAACCAGGGCAAGGAGCCGCUGGGGGCCGGAGACGAGGCAGCUGGGUAACCCCCCCCCAGUGCCCCCCUCUCCUCUCCAUCUCCUUACUCCACACCCGGGCGAGCUACUCGUCACCACCUCCACUCUCUCACUGUGUAAAAGGAAGAGGUGAAGCAGAGGUGGAGAGGCUGGGGGGGGGGGGGGGGGAGUAGCGUAAACAAAAUGGGAGUAAAUUGCCGCCCUGCUCUCAGCCCCGCCCUGUUGGCCCUCCAAUCAGCAGCCGCCUUCACCGCUCGGUCUCUGCCGGCUGCACCACCACCACCACCAGACCAGAGCUGCUGCUGACGUCCCGGAUCCUGUGUUCUGUCUGUGAGUGUGUGUGUGUGUGUGUGUGUGUGUGUGUGUGUGUGACAUGUAACAUACUGUAUGAGCGUGUACAGUGUUCCUCUCUCCCUCUGUGUGUGUAUUUGAACCCCAUUGUGCCUCUGAAUAGACAUUGCACUGUUUUGUAGAUGGUUGUAGUCGGCAGGGGCCCGGUAGUGAGCCGGGGGCGAGGGGGCAUCUGAGGACAGAGGAAGUGCUAAAAUAAGGAAGUGGGAGGAGCCCAGGCCUGGAAAACAAAGAGGCGUGUGUGUGUCUGUGUGUGUGUGUCUGUGUGUGUGUGUCUGUGUGUGUAUUUUCAUUUGACUGGGCUCCCUAUAGAAACACUGCAUUCCAUUCAGAUUGCAUCGGCAUCUAAAAUGUCAGCGAGUGUUGUGAUAUGCAACAAGCGCCGUGGCCCUGAUGCCAGAUCAGCUGUUAAUGGAACCAACCGAGUGUUUGUCCUCGGAGCUUUAAUUACCCCCCCCCCCCCCCUCACUCUUUAACACCCCAUCACUUUGAAGCAGAGUUCAAAACGAAAGAGAAACUGCACCUUAAUUCAAACUGACCAAAGAGAACUGAGUCUGCUGAGCCUCAGAAGCUGCCAACCAUAACCACGUCCUCAUAUUCAAGAAGAGAGCAGAGUGAUGGACACGCCCACUGAAGCACUUUGACUGCUGCCAUGUUUACUGACGUGCGUCCUCAAAGGAUGACGUCACUGCCCCCCCCCCCCCCCCCACCUAAAUGCACUACCACCACGAGCCAGAUGGUGUCAGAUCCCUCAGCCGCUUCAUUGACCCACAAAGGGAAGUGUCCUCAGUGCCCCCCCGCCCUCGCCUCAACCCCUGACCUGAAUAUGUAGCGCACCUUCCUGAACUGCAAAGACAAAUAGAGGAAAAAAAGACACUUGUAGAACUUGUAGAAGCAAAUAAGUUCAAUUUGUUUGUUUUUUAAUAUUCUGAAUAUGAUUUUGUUGUUAUUUGGCAAAGCCGCCGCCCACAAAGUGGGCGUCAGUCUUGAGAUGAAAUCUGCCUUUCUUCUGUGGUCUCUGCUGAAGCUGUAGACCGACAUGUACAAGGUCUCUAAAUGUUGUCGGACAUCAAAUGUCAAGGACCCUAUGAAUUGCACUGUGGUAAGAGCGACUAAGCACCUUUUGAAGAGAUCCUCCGAAAGAGAAAGAAAGACUCUUGGCUCCUUUUUCUAAAGACAGAUGUUGAUUGAGACGUCGUGCUCCGGGUUUGUUUCAGAUUGGUGCUACUGACGAAAACACAAAGCAAUGCAAACCUGAGGCAUGAGGCAGUACCUGCUGACUGGGUCUGACCUGUGGGCACAUAUUGUUGUAAUAGGCAGUUUUGCAUAAUGACGCCUUUCUGAAGUGCCUGGAGCGUGAAGCCACAGGGACCUGUGUCAUUAGCCUGAUCCUACUCCCUAUUAGGAACCUGACCCCUGACUACUGCUCCGAGCUCGGCCUCGCUUGACUUUCCUGAGAGAAAAACUAAACUACAGGCUUCUGUGGAAUCGUUUCAACUUCUCAGCCAAAAAAAUUCAACCAAAAUCGUCUCCUUUCCCAGUAAACGUGGAAAACAGUAACUGGAACCGGUUCCUGUGAACAUCCUCUCUGGGAAAUAUAAGUGAUUUGUUUUUCAACCUUGACAAGCUCCCGACUUGGUUUCGUUCCAAAGCUGCUGCUCUGCAUGGCUGCUCGCCUCCUAUGGAAACUCCACUUCCUGGGGAGGAGCAGCUCAGACCCUGAAGCUCUCCACCUCCCUGAGGCCUCGCUCUACGAAGGUUCAGGGCAGUUCAGUCCCUGUUUUAGUUUUAGUUUCCUUUUUGACGUUCUGGGACAUGUGUGAAAUCAGAGCUGUUGUGUUGGCUUGGUGUUGUGGAGGCUGGAAAGCUCCUGCUGCUGGUGCACAGAGCUGUGAUGUCACUGAGGCUCUGAACGCCACCGGUGAAAACCUGCUUUGGUUUCUAUUUGACGGCCGAGAUGUGGGACGAGUCCAGCACUGAGGGCGGCAGAAGGAAAGUCUCUCUGCUCUUCCCGCUGCUGAGACGUGCAUUCCUCCCCCCCGCCUUCUUCUCUUUCAAGGCUUGGGAAGCUGCCGGCGCUGCCAGCGGAGUCACAGGAUCUCCUGCUGGCAGCUGCCGCCCUCACAUGCGGCAAACCAGCAAAGACAAUUGUUCACAUCGCUGGAGUUUAACAUGUUGUGCGAGCGGGUGUCAGCGUCGUGGGAGGUGGAGGUCUCUGGGUUCACCAGAGAUUCCUCUUUGAAAGCUUAAGUGUGUCCUGAUGUUUCCCUUCCUGUGGAGUUACGUAAGGCGAAGCACCAUCUGCUGUGUACAUCGAACGAAAUGCCAAAAACUGAACUGGAGAGCAAACUGUUGGAACCCAGUCCUCCCACAGAUCCCAACAACAACCACUGAGAUGCUCCCGAGGCUCUAAGUGAUGCCGCGGCGCUUUGCCCUGGUUCUCUUUGUAUCUGGAGCGAUGUCCCUUUAACUGUGAAGCUGUGCCGGGGAGGGGCCGGCGUUUGGCGAGGCCACUUGUCUCCGCUCACAUUCCUGACUCCGUUUCCCAGAAAGCUCAUGUUUAUGGAUACCUGGAAGCAGGAGGCAGAUAUUCUGAGGGGAGGAAACUGAAGCGACCCAAAGAUGGACGUCUGCGGCUCGGCCUGGUUUCCCAGCAGGCUGAGCUUCAGCCGCGUGGACCCAGGACCAGCUGAGAGACACAGGAGUGAUGCUCCCGCCUCACUCAGCCAACAGUGACAUAAUUUGGACAAUGACUCUGCAAAAAAACACAAAGACGAUCUUUGUGCGAGUCACUUCCUCGUGGGUGUCGCCGUCCGGCGGAGACAGGGAGAAGCAAACAAUCUGAAAACUCCUCCUUUUUCUCUGAGAGGGAGAAGGUUCGAUUCCCCUCAGCUGCUGGAGGAGGAUCCAGGGUGAAAGUGAAGCUGCAGAUAAACAUCGACUGAGAUCGAUGUGCAGAUAUCCUCUGGACACUCUCUCUCCCUUUAACCAUUAAGUUCAUCUCUCAAUGUUAAUUUAGUAUUUAAGGAGAUAUGUCACCGAGCCAAGGUCCAACAGCUCCUCAGAUUAAAUCCAGCUGCAACAAGUUUCACACUCUCAUAAAUAUUAGUUCCCUUGAAUGUGCAUUUCAUCAAGAUCCACAAGUGGUUCCCAGAGAAAUCUAUAAACAUGUCAAACAACUUCUCACAAUGUUUAAGAGAUUAAGUCCUGGAUCCGCACCGUAAUGUAAUGGGUUCUCUCGUGGGACAGGCUCCUCCCACAAAACCCAACGGAAAUGGAACAAGUGGUUUUUGAUAAAAUACAAACAAACGCAGAUGAAACGUCUCGUCAGGCGUCUUCAUGAAGGUUUGAUCUUCUGCCACCAGACGCACUUCAGGACAUCCAGAUCCAAAUUAAAGCUGUAAGCCACGACGAUUGACCCCCUGUGAGUGACUGACAAUCACAAUAAGAAACUGUCCAGUAGGUGGCGCUGUGACUAUGACUGAAUAUUGUCAUGUAGCUCUCUUCUACGUUAACAAAUUUGUUCUAGUAACUUCUUUUUGAAGGUGGAGUUUGUUUUAAAAUCUCCAAAAAUCUCCGGUUGGGUUUUGACGAUGACUCCAAGAGGCUGAAUCGUACAUGUUGCUAACUACUGUGAGUUACGAGGACGUUUAGCUUCAAGGUUGAGAUUUGUUUGGAAGAAAAGGGAAAAUACUUCUUUGGGUCAUCGCAGCAGUCGGAGCGUGCAACCUUUACAAUGAAAUUAUGAUGUUCUGCGUUAAAUUAGCUGCAAACAAACGUAAAAAACGAUUAAAUUUAUUGUAGAAAUGUGACUCUAGUGCCUCCAGUGGAUAUUUGAACCACUACAAGUGACCGUCGGUGGAAAAUCUCCACGUUUUCCACAGUCAUGCUAAUUUGAAACCUCCAACUUUUUAAGGAACACAUUGUUAGAGUGAUGAUUAUUUGCUGUCCCUGAUGAAGCGUCUUCCUUCUGCGAACCAGCUCAAAGCUCAGUGAUCUGGAGGCUUGUGGGCGUGGUGUCAGACGGAUGGACACUCUGUCUCCGUCUCCGUGAGACGCAGCAGCUUCCUGGACGCGGCGCUGAGGCUUUGUGGGACCUGGCGGGUUUGAAUGGACCCAUCAGUAAACCAACACCGGUGGGAGGCUGCUGCCCUCCGGGCGCCCGUCCCCACUCUGCUCCAGCGCUCGCAUUGUCGGAGACACUCAGGCUCCUCCGGUGUCAAAGGCGCCGGGUCUCCGGGGCCGAGGAGGCCGGGGGGGAAGUGGCACUUAGCCGGGGGCCUCGCAGGAGUUUACCCGAAACCUUUGAAUCCCGUCCAGCAACUCGUCCUCCGCCGCCUGUCCAGCUCCUGACAGCUGCCGGGGACGACUUCAGCUGAGCCCACCUCGUCCUGAGGCCCCGGUCUCCAGCUGCUGUUGUGGGGGGGGGGGUUGAACUCCACCUUUCUUGUUAGUGAAGCCGAUGCUCCAGCUCCUGCCUCAGGUGUCUUAUCAUCGCGUUCGAUUCCCUGUGCUCAGUGUCUGUUUUUCAGAAAUCUCUGACGAUCUUUCAAAACCCGGAAGUGAUUGACCUGGUUUAAAGUGGGCGGGGCUCCGGGGUAAAACGAUGAAUUUCUGUGCACCAAUCAGGAUUUUAUUUCAAUUCUAACAAACCUCAACGCCUUGAAAGAGACGAUUAACGUAGACUUUAUUUUCUAACUUUAGCUUUAGCUUAUUUUUUUCAUAAAUUUUAUUUUAUCAGAUUUUCGGAACAAAUUUUCACAUUUUUCCAAAGUUGUGAGUCUGUUUGUUUCCAAAAAUAGAUGUUGGCAGGAAAUGACACAUCUAAAAAAUGUGUUUUUAUAAAAGAAAUUAUAAACAAAAGAGAGAUAAACUCUGAUCACUUUCAACAACUCAUGAAGAUUUGGGAUGAAAACUUUAAAGGUUUAAAAGAAUAGUUCAACGUUUGGGGAAACACAGUUAUUAUCUCUCUUUUCACAGGUUGUGGGAUCGCUGCACUUCACACCACACAAUGUGUGUUGUGAUCCGGAGUGUUGCACUACCGACUUUCACACAUGUUAUAACACAGCAAUUAACACAAGAGAUGUUGUGAGUUUAACCCUGGAGGUAAAACAAAGUGUUAAAAUGAAAUCUGCCUUUUAUUGGAAGUUCAACUUUCUUCACUCGGUGCACAGAUUUUUUUUACGUCUCUUUCGUCAUCGCAAAUAUAUUAUGAAUGAAGAUUUGUGCGAGGGGUCGUUUCUCACGUUGUGUUUUGAAACAUCACCAGAGAUCAGACGUUGGGCUCUCGUGUCGUUUCGGUCGAGCUCGAUGAGUCGAAGGUCCCAUCGUGGAAGUUGAGCAGGAAAGGAUGAAAUUUAAGGGAAGGAAGGAAAUAAAACUUACAAAUCAACAAACACAUAAACUCACGUCCCUGCUGGUUCUUUAACGCGUUGAGAAAAACCUGCUGAACGACAAGAGGCCAAGAAAAACCAAGAGACGAGCAAACAUUCCACGACUUCAUGUCACAUACUGUACAGCAACCUUUACUUCUGUCCUCCCUCCGUCAGUAUCACAGUACUACAGUAAAUACUUUGGACCUGUUAACACAUUAACACAUCUUUAUGUACAACUCCUUCAUCAGUAAGUAACCUACAAGAAAAUAGUCAAAGAAAAAAAAAAAAUACAAGAAGUGCCGUACAAAUAGAAGCCUAAUAUUUUUUGUUUUGGUUUUGUGUGAGUGUACUGUACACCUGUAUAAUGUAUAUUUUAAUAUUUAUAUGCAGCUGUUGUAUUAAAGUAUAUUUUUAAGAUAAGAAA